AUGGAGAGUCCAAACCGAAGAGCUCCUCUCAGCGAGAGGGGGGAAGGCAGGGAGGAGAAAGAAUUUGAUGAGUUUCUGAAGAAUGCAGGACACAAUCUUGUUGUCGUCGACUUUUCAGCAAAAUGGUGUGGGCCAUGCAAGAUGAUCCGUCCUUUUGUUCAUGAGUUGGCUGUUCGGUAUGAAAAUGUGCUAUUUUGCAUUGUUGAUGUGGACUUGGCAGAGGAUGUAGCUGACCAUUGCAAUAUUGUUGCCAUGCCAACAUUCCAACUGUUCAAGAAAGGAGAAAAGAUCUUUGAAAUAACUGGUGCUGAUGCAAAAAAACUGGAAGCGAAGAUCAAAGAGCUCAUGUGAUCCUUGAAGAAAGCCCUUUACUAAACUCCAUGUUGUUGUCAAAACGUGCUAGUAAAAUGAAAUGUCCAUAGGAGAAUAGCUUGUACGAUAUGUUCAUUCAGUACAGUUACAGAGAACUGUUAAAUUGAUAGGCUCACGUGCCUUUGUCACUCAGGCAGUAUAUCAAGAAC